AUGGCCUCUCUCGUGGACAGCAACCUCUCUGACUUCGAAAACAAUAGCGACCUGUCAUGCUUUCUCACGGACGAAGAGGACGGCAGCGGACUCCUGCAAGCCGCCUCCUCCGUGCAGCACUCCGAGCAGCGCCGGAGAGAAGAGCGGAGGGAGGACGAGGAAGAAGAGGAGAAGGAGCGCAAGAGGCGGCGAGGCCGUGGCCGGGUAAGGAGCGAAGCACUCCUGCAUACCAUCCGCAAGACCCGGCGAGUGAAGGCCAACGAUCGCGAACGCAACCGGAUGCACAACCUGAAUGCGGCCCUGGAUGAACUGCGAAGCGUGUUGCCCACCUUCCCAGAUGAUACCAAGCUCACCAAGAUCGAGACCCUGCGCUUCGCGUACAACUACAUCUGGGCCCUUGCUGAGACUCUGCGUCUUGCUGACCAGUGCUUGCAAGGGCCCCCCAAGGAGCUGCUCCUGCCCGCCUACCUUCACCCUGCCGACUCUCCCAGCUCGACCAGCGAUGGAGAAUCGUGGAUCUCCAGCGCUUCCCCAGCUGCAGCCUCCUCCUCCUCCUCCUCUUCGUUCUCCCCACCCUCCUCCUGCUGCUCCUCAUCCCCCCUCUCUAACCCCAGCAGCCCCGCAGCCUCCGAGGACUUUGGCUACGGGAACCCUGACCCCCUCUUCUUCCCUGGCCUGCCCAAAGAUCUAGUCCACGGCGCUCCCUGUUUCGUGCCCUAUCACUAG